GGUCUCCGACCAGAGCGAGGUCCCCAGGCCCAGCCAGCUGCUUCGUGGCAGCCACUUGCGGCCAUGGAGCUGAGGUCGCGGCGCCGCAGGGUGUCAGAGUGCCCAACAGAGCGGUGUCCCCCAGCGCUGCCAGAGGAGCAGGCAAGACCCUCCUGCGCUCCUCCCAAGCGCAAAAGGAGAUGUCCCGUCUCCAAGGAGAGAGUGUGCGGGCUGUGCCGGAGGACAACUUGUGAUGCCGACAUGGUUGGCCAGCUGUGCCAAAAGGGUGGGCUCUGCGUCCACGAGAACUGCCUGUACCACGCCAGCGGGCUGAUGCAGAGAGGGGCCGACGAAGAGGGUUUCUACGGCUUCCUCUUCCCUGAUAUCCGCCAGGAGCUGAAGCGGGUGGCACAGAAAAGGUGCCACAUCUGCCAGCUGCCGGGCGCCUCGGUCACCUGCCGGGCCCGGCGCUGCCGGGGCCGGCGCUGCUGCCGCAUCUUCCACUUCCCCUGCGGCAGCAAGCGGGGCUGCGUCUCCCAGUUCUUCGGGCAGUUCAAGUCUUUUUGCUGGAAGCACCGGCCGGUGCAGCGGGUGCGGGCGGUGCAGCAGGACCAGACCCUCUGCCUCAUCUGCCAGGAGGGGGUGGCGGAGCGGCCCUGCUACGACACCCUGGUGUGUCCCGCCUGCGCCUGCGCCUGGUUCCACCGCGGCUGCAUCCAGGGACAGGCGCUGCGCUCCGGCAUUCACUACUUUUGCUGCCCGCUGUGCCGCAACAGGGAGCAAUUCCUGGAAGAGAUGUUUCGCCUGGGCAUCCGGAUCCCUGACAGGGAUGCUGCCUGGGAGGAGGAUGGGGCCUUUGCAGGCCAUUACUUGCGGCACAGCUCCUGCGACGCCAACCAGUGCCUGUGCCCAGAGGGACGCGAGCAUGUGGAGGUGAAUGGCUCUGCUCUGCCCUGGGGGAAGAUGAUGCCGUCUCCUGGGACUGCAGCGACUGCAGAGGCAUGGACGCUGGAGAGGGGUGCAGCGGGGUGACAGAGUCCCCAGUGUCACCUGCCACCACAGCCACGCAGGACGUGGGGACAUGGACAGGGCUGUGUUCUGGGGAGAGAGGGAGGGAGGAAGAGUGAGGUGGGCUUGCACAAGGUGCUCAUCAUCUCCCUCCCUUGACACCGGACCAGACUCCAGCCCCUCCAGUGCAGGGAACCUUGCGCAGCACCCUGCAUCCCGACACUUCACCUGAGGUUGACUAGUCCAGGGCCCUCAAAAAAGACUUCCCAACACUCAACAGAUGCCAUCGGUGCAUA